AUGGGGCAUAAGCUGCUUUCAUGGUUUAUAUUUGCCUCAGUUUUCACAGUAGCCUACGUUGUUGAUGCACAAUGGAGUGUCACCGGCAUGACGGGAGUCACUUCUAUGCACGCAAUGAUGGUAACACCGACGACGAUAAUAAUCAUCGACAAAGCCGAAAACAACCCAGCCGCGGUAUUACCUGAUGGUACAACAACUUGGGCAGCCGAAUAUAAUCUCGCAACUAAUAAAUUCCGACCGCUCAAAUUAUCCACAAACACUUUUUGCUCGGCCGGAGCAUUCUUUGGCAAUGGUACAUUCCUAUCGACUGCCGGUGGUGAACCAAGCAAGGUUGUUACUGCAUCCGAUGGUUACCGUGGCAUUCGUUAUUUUCAACCAUGUCAAGAUGGCACCUGCCAGAUCGUCGAAACUCCUAGUUUGCUGAGCAGUGCUCGAUGGUAUAAUGCCAUGGUUACUAUGCCAACCGGUGAUAUUCUCAACUUUGGUGGUUCUACCCAGUCAACUGGUGCCAACUCUGCAAACAAGAAUAACCCGACUUUUGAGAUACAUAGUCCCAAUGGAAAUAACAAAGCAUCCCCAAUUCAGUUUUUAGUCGACACCCUCCCGUACAACCUUUACCCAUUCAUCCAUGUAAUUCCAAACGGCUUAUGGCAAGGCUACUAUUUCAUUUUCGCAAAUAAAGCUUCAGUCAUAUACGACAUUACAAAGAACGUAGCAGUAAAAGCACUUCCUGAAGCACCUGGUGGUAUUCGCUCAUACCCGUGCACUGGUGCAGCGACCCUGCUUCCGCUCGAUUACCUAGACAAUUACAAUCCCCAAUUCCUUGUCUGCGGAGGACAAAGCAUUUUCAACCAGUUCACCAACCCUGCCGAGAAUACGUGCGCUAGAACAAACCUUGGUUCUCCAAACCCAACAUGGGAAGCUGACGAUUUUGGAGGCAUACCCAGAGUCAUGCCUGAUGUCGUUCAUCUUGCGGAUGGGUAUAAUGUGUUGUUCUUGAAUGGAGCAUCUCUUGGACAAGCUGGAUAUAUUACCGGUGGAGGCACGCUCCUGGCUAGUAAACCUGCAUUCACGCCAGUUCUUUACAGCAUGAAUAAGCCUCUGGGACAACGAUGGACUCAGCUUACCGCAACUACUAUUCCUAGAAUGUAUCAUUCGGUUGCCAGUUUGAUUCCUGAUGGCUCUGUCUGGGUGUCUGGAAGUAAUCCCAAUGAGAACUACAAUACUGGUGGGGCAUUCCCGACUGAAUUUCGUGUUGAAAUAUUCACUCCACCAUAUCUUUCGGGUAACGCACGUCCACAGAUAACUGCGUUUAAGAACCAAACAAGUCUCAAUGUAUCUCCCAUAAAAGUGUCUUACAACGAGGCCGUUCCUAUAACCUAUACUCUUACCGGAACUCCUGGCACAAUCACAGCUACUAUAGUACAACCUGGUUUUCACACUCACUCCCAAGCAAUGUCGAUGAGACUCGUUCAUCUCCAGAUAACUAACAUUGCAUCGUCUGGACAAAAUACUUUUACUGCCAACAUAUAUAUGCCUCCUAAUAGUUUCAUCUUACCGCCUGGACCACAUUACGUCUUUAUUCUGAAUAAUGGUACCCCAUGUACAAAGGCUGUAUGGGUUCUUAUCGGAUAA